ACAUUGCAGCUUUACUGAGGAGAGCCAGAUCACGUCUACGUGCUGCGCUCUAUAGAUUCACCAAACAGUCGGACAGAUCAGAGCAACACUGAAGCAUGGCUUUUCAGCAACCCUUCUUCAAUCCGAGAGUGCCAUUCACUGGCUGUAUCCAGGGAGCUCUGCAUGAGGGGAAGACCAUCACUGUGACAGGGAGAGUCCUGCCAGGAGCCCAGAGGUUUCAUGUGAAUUUGCAAUGUGGCUCAAGAGGAAAUCCUGACAUAGCCCUCCACUUCAACCCCCGAUAUGACGGCUUCCUAGACGUUGUGAUCUGCAACACCAUGCAACACUCCAAGUGGGGCUCAGAGGAGCGUGAAUACCCUGCACCCAUGACCCGGGGUGCCAACUUUACCCUCAUGUUCCUGGUCAACCGAGAUUCAUAUUCGAUGAUUGUGAAUGGUGCCCACUUCAUGGAGUACCUGCACCGGCUGUCAUUCUCCAGAGUGGACACCAUCUCUGUGGAUGGGGGAGUGGAGGUUCAAUCUAUUGCCUUCUCCAACCCUGCAGUCACCUCACCUCCUCCCCAACCAGGAUAUCUUGGCCAGACCCACUGUGGUCAACGAAACCGAAAUAGAUCUCGUCAAAGCAAAACUGGCCCCAAAACUCCUCCUCAAUGGUGUAACACCACACAGGCUUUCUCAGCUGCAGGAUUUAUUCAGGCACCCCCUCCAUACACCGCCCAACCUCCAUACACCCCACAGCCGUCCUUUGUUGUGCCGUAUAAAAACAUCAUGGCAGGUGGACUUUACCCAGGCAGAAACAUCACGAUCCAGGGUGUGGUUAACCACAAUGCUGAUAAGUUCUGUGUCAACCUGCGUUUCAACUCGGGGGUGGCGCUCCACUUCAACCCCAGGUUCAAUGAGAACGUUGUAGUUCGUAACAGUCUCCUGAAGGAACAGUGGGGUCCAGAGGAAAGGACAGGGGGCAUGCCCUUCUACAGAGGCCAGCCUUUUACGGUGACCAUCAUGUGUGAUACCCAGUGCUACAGGGUGUUGGUGAAUGGAGCCCAGAUGUUCAGCUACAACCACCGCCACUUCCUGUUCCAGCAGAUUGACAUCCUGGAGGUGGAGGGGGACGUGAGCCUGUCCACUGUGCUGGUCUGAGUUACACACCCUCCGAGGUCAAAGGUCAGCGAUAGUAGGAUCUGAUCAGUCAGGGCAUUAUAGGGACCAAUGUGAAAUCAUGUCUUAUGUGUCUAGUGUGUUGAAAAACUGUCGCGAUUGACUCUGUUGCUGAUGGCGAGACAUUUUAAUCAACAUUUCUCUCUUCCAUAAACAAUUUAAUGUAGAGUAAGACUAUAGGAAAUAUUAUCUUCUAUUGAUCCUAUUCCAGACAGUUUCUUGAUGCCUACUGUAUGUCUGUACUCUCUGUCACAACAAUGUUUCCACAGCAAAUAAACAGCAAUAUAUUGGAA